AUGAGACAAAUUUUAAUGCUGCUAAAUUUUUAUUUGAAUUAUACUCAUAUAAUCAUACAGACCCAAAACCUCCUUCCCCGAAUUGUUUUAUUGGCUCAUAUACUAGUAUACUUGAAUUUUUUGAAAAUUCUUCGCCUUGUGAAAGAAAAAGCGGCUCAUCUGGGUUUAAAUAAUCAAGGUCAUCAUCAGAUAGUUCUCCUACUCCAGAAUCAAAAAGCUUGCAUUUUGUAUGUCCAUUAA